AUGUAUCCAACACAAGGCAGGCAAUACUCUGUUCGCAAGCCACCCGAAGAAGCUGCUCGGAAUUACUUUUCCUCCUUAGUCCUCGAGAACGUACCCAUUCCUGCAGUCGGAGACAACGAUGUGCUCGUUCGUAUCCACUCAGUCAGCCUCAACUUCCGCGACAUCAUGAUUGGCACUGGCACCUACAUCUGGAGCAUGCGAGAUGGCGUGGUUCCAUGCUCUGAUGGUGCAGGCGAGGUCGUUCGCAUCGGAAAGAAAGUCGUUCGCUUCUCGCCCGGUGACACAGUCGCUGCAAUAUUCAACCAAACACAUAUCAGUGGGUCUCUGAAGCCAUCAGAUACCAGCAACGCUCUGGGCGCGGAGGUGGAUGGCAUGCUCCGGGAGUACGCCGUCUUCAACGAGCAAGGUCUCGUCUCAAUUCCUGACAACCUGUCCAUGGAGGAGGCCAGCACGCUCCCCUGCGCAGGUGUCACUGCAUGGAACGCUGUCAAUGGUGGAGGUAGAGGCAUUCGAGCUGGAGAUACUGUUCUGACCCAAGGCACGGGAGCUGUUAGUCUCUUCGCGGCACAGUUCGCAGUCGCCGCCGGCGCUCAAGUGAUCUCGACAACAAGUUCACAGCGCAAGGAGAUGAUGCUAAAGAAGCUCGGUGCAAAGUGGACUAUCAACUACAGCGAGAAUCCAAAGUGGGGAUCCCAGGCGAAGGUCGUCAGUCCAGGAGGUCUCGGCGUGGACUACGUAAUUGAGAUCGGCGGGCCUGAAACGAUAGAGCAGUCACUCAAAGCUGUCAAGAUGAAGGGCAUUGUUGCAACGAUUGGCCAACGGAGUAAGCAAGCUGGAGCGAAAAGUGACAAGGAGGUGCUCAUAACGGAUGCCUUCAAAUAUCCUUGCACGAUGCGCAGAAUCAUGGUUGGCAGCCGGGAUCAAUUCGAGGAGAUGAACAAGUCAAUCGCAGCCAACAACAUUCGGCCGGUGAUUGAUGAAAGGGUUUUCGCUUUCGAAGAGGCGCCGAUGGCUUUCAAGCAUUUGUGGGAACAGCAUCAUACGGGGAAUGUCGUGAUCAGAGUUGGGCGGUAG